GUCGUUGUCGUUGACUUUUAGUUACUACUUCACUGUCUCUCCAUCUCCGAUCAUCUCUCCGCUUCUGCAAUGUCGACUAGAUCACCGACCAACCCACCUCGGAACAGUCUUCUUCUUCCUUCAGUUCUGGUCAUCCUUGUCGGAGUAAUCGCUGCGUUGACUUAUCAGUCAAUCUUAAAACCUCCUCCGCCGAAUCUAUGUGGCUCCCCGGGAGGUCCACCGAUCACAGCACCGCGGAUUAAGCUCCGAGACGGAAGGCAUUUAGCGUACAAAGAGCACGGAGUUCCAAGAGAGAGAGCUCGCCGCAAAGUCAUCUUCAUCCACGGAUCCGAUUCUUGUCGACACGACGCCGUUUACGCCACUCGCCUCUCUCCGGGCUUAAUGGAGGAACUUAGUAUGUAUUUGGUUUCGUUUGACCGACCCGGUUACGGAGAGAGCGACCCGGAUCCGAACCGGACCCCAAAGAGCUUGGCUUUAGACGUUGAAGAGCUUGCUGAUCAGUUGCAUCUUGGAGAGAAGUUCUAUGUGAUAGGUUACUCAAUGGGAGGACAAGCAACAUGGGGAUGUCUUAAGUACAUCCCUCACCGGUUAGCCGGAGCGACGCUCGUCGCUCCGGUGGUUAACUACUGGUGGAAGAGCUUGCCUUUGAAUGUUUCCACUCAAGGUUACAGCUUGCAGCCAAAGAGAGAUCAGUGGGCGGUUCGUGUUGCUCACUAUGCUCCUUGGCUUAUCCACUGGUGGAACACACAAAGAUGGUUCCCCGGUUCGAGUGUUGCGAACCGAGAUGGUGCUAGCUUCUCGCAGCCGGAUAGGGAUAUCGUUUUGAAGCUUGGUUCUUCGAGGAAACCUCAUUUGGCGGAAGUGAGACCGCAAGGGUUGCAUGAGAGUAUUAACCGUGAUAUGAUUGUUGGGUUUGGGAGUUGGGAGUUUGAUCCUAUUGAGCUUGGGAACCCGUUCUUGAACAACCAGCGAGGCUCUGUUCAUCUGUGGCAUGGGGAUGAUGACAUGUUAGUGCCUGUGACGCCGCAACGUUACAUUGCUGAGAAGCUUCCGUGGCUUCACUAUCAUGAGGUUCCGGGAAGUGGCCACUUCUUUCACUACAAUGGAGGUGUGGUUGAUGACAUUGUAAAGACGCUCUUCAAAACCGAUACUGAGAAUUGAUGAACUAUCCCACUACCCCCCAAUGGUCUAAAGAUGAAAUGUUUGUUAUCAAGGCCACUAUGGUUUUAUGCAUAAACUUAUUUAUCUCUUCAAAAGUACUGGUUUUAUGCAUAAACUUAUUUCUCUUUAAAAGGUUGAAAACAUAUUACAAGUAGACUUUUUA